AUGGACGAUGAAACAGAGCCGCCACAAGCACGUCCACGACAUGCGCUGGACAAGUAUGGCCCGAAAUUUGUCGAUAAAACGGAAAAACUCCAUGAUCGAGCCGUCGCAAUGAAGGUCGCAACCAAUGGCGAGCACGAGCCCGCGGGGGGUUUCGACAGUACUCCAAUUCCUCAUGCGCCCCCUGGUUACAGCCUGAAGUUCACUUUUCAUCGCGGAAUCAACCUUCCAUGUGCGGACUUCGGCACGUUCUCGUCUGAUCCUUACGUGAGAGCUCAGCUGGUUGUCGACCUACCUCAGCGGCAUAAACAGGAUCCCAUUGUAACCUUUAGGACGCCAACAGUACGCAAGAACAGAGACCCAGUAUGGGACAGCGAGUGGAUUGUUGCGAAUGUUCCUGCAUCCGGUUUCGAGCUCAAGUGCCAUGUCUACGAUGAGGACGCUGCCGACCAUGAUGAUAAGUUGGGUAUCGCAUACGUCGAGGUCGGCCGUAUCGAUGACAACUGGUCUGGUUUUAAGGAGCAAUCAUUUCGGGUCAAGAAACGACUCGGCAGCAAGCGGGUCUACCUGUUUGGCAAUAUCGCCGCCUUCGCCUCGCGACGUCUCAACCUUGGCUCACAUCUUGUCAUCAGUGUGGAGUGUUUGGGUAAGACCCCAGGUGAGGAGGGUGGACAGAUGUACACCGUCGGGCCCAACUACUGGUUUAAACACUUUUCCCCCCUGAUCGGGCGCCUGACAGGGACGAAAGACGAAGUGCAGAGCUCGGAUGGCAAGAAGGCAGUCAGCCGUUACAAUUUCCAAGCCAUUCAGAUACAGCUAAAGGGUCCGGUACCUGCUGAACUAUAUCAUCGCUAUGUUGAAUUCAAACCCUUUGUAGCGGGUAUGUUCACAUCGCACAGUCUCAGAGGCCGUAUCCUCAAUCGCGCUCUCCAUCAUCAGCAUGAGAGAAUCUACAACUUUGAUCGGACAACUCUUUAUGGUAAAUUCGAAGCGCCGUGUGUCGAGCUCACUCAAAAAUUCCUUGAUUUUGUCCACCAUGCUCAGGGCGGCCGCAUAUUCACUUAUGUCCUCACCCUCGACGGACAGUUCCGAUUUACCGAGACGGGCAAGGAAUUUGGAAUUGACUUGCUAAGCAAACACACCAUGCACAGCAAUGUCUCCAUUUACAUCGCGUAUUCGGGAGAGUUCUUCGUUCGUCGACUGAAACACCGCCAUCGUCAUCAUUCUUCCUGUGCAGAACCAUCAGCGACUGAGAUUCCAACCCAAGGGCCCCAGGCCGAGGCUACCACAGGGGUAUCAACAGACCCUGGCGAUUAUGAGCUUUUCAUCGACAAUGACAGCGGUACUUAUCGUCCCAAUAGCAAAUAUCUUCCACUGCUCAAGGAUUUCCUCUCUAGGACCUUUGUUGGCCUACAUAUUACCACAUUGGACUGCCAGGAAGAUGCUGAGCGAAUGACGGAGCUGAAAACUGAACAAAGAGAAUUCAAGAAGAAAGAGACGGGCCAAAUGACAUUCCUUCAACAACGCAGCAGUUCAUCGCUAUCGAUCUCAAGUUCAGAUGAAGAGGAGCUCGUGGAACGCAGCGGCGCGUCGUCCAAGAAACGAGGAGACUUUGCCCAGAAAGUGCACGACAUGCGCGACGUCAAAGGCCAGGUCAUGAAAUGGGUGGAAGGGGAUGCACACAAGAACAUUGCAGGAAACCACAACGGCCAUAACAGCUCAUCACAUCAGCCAUCUGAGGCCCGACAAUGA